AUGAAAAAUGAAGACAUCACCUCAUCAUACAUCACCACUUGCGUUUUGAACGCUUUCUUAUCUUACACCGCUGUUACACUGAACUGUUUAACGAUCUACCCCUUAACAAAACUCUCAUCACUACCAAGACCUUUAAAAACGCUGCUCUUAAGCCUGGCUGUUUCUGAUCUGGGUGUUGGUUUGACGGUGCAGCCUUCGUACAUUGCGACUCUUGUCAUGGAAAUGGAACACAAAACUGAAAGCAAUCCAGCCGAUAACAUAGCCUACAAAUUCUUUGUUUUCACGGUGAAUUUGUUUGGUUAUGCGUCUUUCUUCGGAGUAACAUUUUUGAGUUUGCAUAGAUUCCUGGCUGUUUACCUACAUCUAAGAUACCAGGAACUUGUGACCCACGAGCGUGUUGUUGUUGUCAUGGUUUGGGUUUUCAGUGCAGUUUUGUCGUUUCUGAGACUGUGGAUCCCGAAACGAUAUAAUUUACGCUAUUAUUAUUCUCUCUCUUCUCUUAACAACAACGCCGAUUAAUUACAAGAUUUAUUUAUCAGUACGUCAUCACGUGAACCAAAUUCAAGCCUUGCAAGUUCAACCAACGGCUAAUCAGAACGGUGAAGCUGGAACGAGAAACACUGCAGACUGGAGAAAAUUUGCAAUCGGAAUGUUAAUGGUAUAUCUUGCGUUUUUGGUUUGUUAUUUGCCAAAUUUCUGCUUUUUAAUUGUCUAUCUUAUCUCUGGUCCAUCGAGCUCCACUACCGUUUUGGAUCUAUUCAGUUCGACUCUGUUAUUUCUUAAUUCAACGUUAAAUCCUCUGAUUUACUGUUGGAAAAUGAGACGAAUUCGAUUAACCAUCUUGACAAUACUGAGGAACAUAUUUUAGCGCUGACAACCGAUUAUCGUAGACAAAAAAUAAAGCCUGAAAUUAUAAAAUUUCAUCAUUCUCACUCUCUCUUUUCCGUUUUGUAUUAGUUAACGGUGUCUACAAAGAGCGCUCUUAGUCUGAAAAAUUCAGACAUCGAUAAAACUUUAGCGAGUUUUUAGAGCCGUGGAGAAGGUAACUGUUUUCUUGAUUGAAAGGCCACGAAGAGCUGGUAGUCUUAAGAUAAAUGCCCACUGAAACAUUCAUACAAAUUAAUAUUCAGAUUAACUCCCCACAUAUAGCACUUUCCGGGACAGUGAAAAUGACCUUAUAUUGACUAAAAACUCUCUGAGAGGUCAUGAGAUACUGAUCUUCAAAGUUUUUGUUUAUGAGUGUUUUUUUAGUCAUUUUUGUUUAGUUUUUCUGUAUUAAGCAAAUAUAAUGGAUAACUAUAAUUACAGGGCAACAGUUUCUUUGACUUUGUACACCAAAGGUAGCAGGUGUUUUUUUGUUGCUAUAUGGGAAAGAGAUAAUGUUAUGUUUACAAAUAUAUUUUUUCUUGCGGGCAAUCCUGUGCGGAAUCAUUGCGUUCCACGUCAGGAGAACGCAACCUAAACUCAAUCCGGGUGACGCCUGACAGCGGUUAGCCUUGCAUAGAUACAGAGGCUUGAGACAACUCGGAAAUGGACUAGCCUGCUUGGCCGGCGUCGAAUAGGGGGUGGGGGGAUCAAGCGCUUUUCUAACAAUCCCUCUCCCAACCCCUUCCCCUUUUUUCGCCUUUCACGCAGGUUAUCAAAAAGUUAAUUAAAAACAUAGCCAAAUUGCUUCUUUAUUGCUUGCUUCCCUGCCGGACCUCUGGCUGUAAUACAUCAACUGUUCACCACAGGGGACUCCGUGGAGACAGGAAAACUAAUAAAUGGCAAAAAAUAAUUUUCAGUGAAGAUGCUAGCUGCGACUCCGGGCAAAGACUCGGCUCAAAAUAAUAUUUAGGAACGUUUACGUUUCUUGACUUUAGCUGAUCCUUCUUUUCUGUGCAGAGAAAAAUCAAGUUCAUUGCUGCUUUAUUGUACCAGAGCGGCAGUUUGUUUCAGUUGUGUAGUCGUGGUUUUGUUUUAGAACUGAUUACGAGAACAAAGUUUGUAAAAAAACGAUCAAUUUCAGAUUCCUUGAUGACUUGAAGUACAUAAGUCGGUUUUUAUUAUUUGUGUGGUAUAUCUUCUUCACUUUAUCUCCAAGGUCGGUGUGACAAAACCCGCCACAAAAGUAAGUCCUCCUUAAGGAUCACACAGAGCAUACACAAACUCAAGAAAACACUUAUAUAAAUAUAAAAAACAAUAAUGCUCUAAGCGUUUAUUAAAACAAUACUCCCAAAACUCCACGAUUUUAGGAUUAACUAGGCGUUUCUAUAUACUCGUUUCACUAAACAAUUAAAACGGGAUAAUUAACAAUUAUUCCACGAGGGCGCGUUGGAUAUGAGAUGAUUGAUAGCCAACGAGGCGCGUAGCGCCGAGUUGGCUAUAAUCAUCUCAUAUCUAACAAGCGCGAGUGGAAUAAUUGUUUUAUUAAAAACGCCCACAAACUCUCGUUGAAUCUCCCCGACUAGAACAAACCGAAAAAGACAAGAGACUUCCGCCAUUCACAUGUCACACGUCUAUCAAAACUGUCAACGCGCGAACGAAUUCGCCUGGACUGCAUGAAUGAAAAAUCAAAACAUUGUAGCGAUAAACAUUAGUUUUUUAAAAACUCAUCGGGAUUCUAGGAUUUUACACAGCAGAACAGCUAAAACACCUGGCAGAUAAUGUGAAGGAAAAGCAUUUUUAAGUGACAGCCGUCGAAAUUACUGUGAAUUUGGAUUUUCGGUGCAGUUAUAAUAGUAAGAACAACGGAGAAAAACUAUUACCUCAGUCUCUUGUUAUGAAGUUGUUUGAAGCCACAAAAUGGUUUUGCUGAACGAGAAAAGAAGCUAUACUGCCGCCUCGAUUGCUCUAGUGAAUGGCUGCAUAGCCUGUAUUUGUAGCUGGUUACUUGUGAUUUAUAUUCUUGAUGUCGGAUAAACAAGCCGCAGUUAUCUAUCGGCGAGUGACUCGAUCGGCGAAUGGCUUCGUGAUCAGGAAUUGAAGAAACAACACUUGUCUUCUUUCGUAGCUGGUCAAGGUACUUUAGUUCCAUGUGUUUUCAUGUGUUUUUCGACAAACUUUCAAACAAGCUCUUGUGGCUAUUUUGUUUGUUUUCGUCUUUUUUCUUUCGAUGAAAUUGCAUUUCUAGUAAUGUAAGAAAUGAAUCAAAACGAUUUGCUUCGGACGCCAUUCUAUCCUUCGCGAAAAAAAAUCUCAGCUAGCUUCCAAUUUUAAACUGACGCGAACACCGACCAUAUAUGGAGAGCAUGGUAUAAUAGCUCAUAUACCAUAACGGCUAAGCCAAUCAAAAAGCUAGAAUUGCAUUAUCCAAUGAUUCAGUUUUUAAUAAUUAUAAUUAUAACUUCUAAAGACUAAUGCGAUAUUACUUUUGAUAAUUAUUCUAAUUUCUAAACACUAAUGAGAUAUUGCUUCUUUUACACAAAAAUACACAGCAAUUUUUGAACUACUUAGUCUACAACAUAAUUACAAAUUAUCUUCUUCGAACACACAGUAAUUGCUCCCUUUUUAGUUCACCUUACGUAUAAAACAGAGUUCCUUGUCUUUCCUUUAGUCCAGCCCGCCGCGACUCCUUCCGAACACAACACCAUUUACUCGAUCCCAAAACCUCCAAACUCCAGUAGCCGCCUUACUCUUAUAUCUUUCACAGACUUGCUCCGGCUUCGGUCUCACGGUCUUCCGUUGCUCCCUAAUUCAGUUUGGUUUUCCGCAACCGUUCUCGGAGAGAUGUUACGUAACGCACUGAUUUUUUGGAGAGAUGUUACGGUCUUGAAGAGACGUUACGGUCGCCACAAUACUUCUCCUGCUCUCUCAACUUUUACAGCACAUCAAACUGCUUUGCCCCCGACAAAAUUAAAUGACUUCAACUUUGGCCGUGAAAUUAAACAGGACGCCUCUGCUGAAGGGAUUUCAUUAGUGCUUGUGCUUCAAGGUCUCUCUCUCUUACACUCUCUCUGAACACGCUCUCCGCACCGACUCUUUUCGCGACGCGGCUCUUUCUUAAUAUCUAAUAAUAAGAUUUCCAAAUCAUAUGCAAAUGCAAGGUGUGGCAAAAAGGGACCAUUGUAAAAGGUCUGAUCUAGUAACUAAAUGCUUACAACCAAUUUAACGGCUUACAAUGAAUAUUUCACCCAAUUAAUUACUUUUAUAACGAACACUGAAGUACCAACUACAACGAUAAAAGUUACGCAAUAGCGUCCUACAGCAAAAAAAUACUUAAACCCAAAAAAAAUAGCAUAAAAGAAGUAACUACUAUUAAUUAGGCAUCCUAUGACAGUCGGCCUGGCGGCAAGUAACAUAUAUCUCUACUUAUUCCUUUUUAUUACCAUUUAAACACCUGUUUUCUACAUUGGGCCAUUUAUACUUGGUAUGGUACAAAUAUUAGCAUUCGACUGACAAGUGCUGUCCGGCGAGAAGUCUCAGAAGCUCUAACUUGCCCUGUGAUGAUAUUUGUCCAUUAUUGUUAAAAUUAAAAAUGGUAAUAGAGUGAAACCUUAACUGACUAAAACGAAAAAUAGUAGCUACAGAUACAAGGUAGUUCUAGGAAAAUUCUGAAUUUCUGUUUUUCUCAUGGGCAUUUGAAAAGGUGUUCAGUCGGCACCACGUGUAGUCGUAUUUAUUUUCCCGGGAAGUGCUGUGUGUCUUUGUAGUUUUAUGCGCAUACAUUCGAACAUGCAAUUAUGUUAAAGGAGUACAGUUUUUUUUUGGUCCUUCAUGGCAACAGUUGCAUGGUUGCUGUCGGGGCACAUGAACUUGCUUAAGUUGUAUUUAUGUAUUGCUUUGUAGUUUUUUCAGACUGCCAACUCUGUUAACUUAUAAUACUGAAAAUGGAAGAGAAAAUCUGUCUUUGAAUUUUAAAGUUCAGUAUUAUUUUUCUCUACGCUAAUUCUCUGUCAGCCUUAGCAACAUGUUCCGUAAUAUCGUCAAGAUGGUUAAUCGAAUUCGUCUCAUUUUCCAACAGUAUAUCAAAGGAUUCAAGGUUGAAUUAAGAAAUAACAGAGUCGAACUGAAAAGGUCCAAAAUAACGGUAUUGGAGCUUGCAGGCCCAGAGAUAAGAUAG